AUGGAACGCAAUUCCUACCCCCAUCCCAAAGGCGAGCAGGAAUGCAAGCUCUCUAAUAACAUCGCUCCUGCUCCGGAUCCUUUCCGGUCUGGCGGGAGGGAGCCUUCUUGCUUUGCCGCUCUAGCACAUGAGCCAAGGCUUCAAUGUGUGUGGAAUACAGGCAGCACAGUCCUGUAUGCUCGUGUGAAGUGCGCUGUCGGGAGGGAUGUUAACCUCAGGUGGUGUCGACUGGCUUCUUCUAUUCUGACUGUCACAGCAUGGACCAUAAUCUCAAAGCUAGCAGUUGCUAAGAGUAUUUUUCCCUUGGCAGGUUCAGCGCCAACGCUCAGCAAACAACCGCAUAUACCGACGAAAACACCGGUAUCACGUUCCGAGGGGUUUACCUUCGGUUUGGCUGUCCCCAAAGAUAUCACUACAGACUUCAUUGGCCAAAUUUCGGCAUCCGUGACAGAAGGAUGGGUCGGUGUCAGCUUGACUGGGUCCAUGGCCGGUGCUCUGUUGAUAGCAGCAUACCCCAACGACGACAGCGUAGUCAGUGGGCUGCGUGAAGCAUCGGCUUAUGCCAACCCGGCCGUCUUCGAUGGCGAUGCUACCCUGACGCCUAUUGCAGACGGAACAUACGUGAACGGCACAGCAUUCACUUACACCUUUCUGUGCUCCAACUGUAUCUUGUCGGACGGCCGCUCGUUCACCGCUUCUGAUGCCGCCCCUAUUCUCGGUUGGGCAAUGUCCAACACGCCGAUCGCUGAUCCAAGCAGCACAAGCUCUGUCUUGAAUUACCACAACAAAUUUGGCCUGUAUAGCCUGGAUUUGGAAGCCGCCAAAUCUGCCGAUUUUGCAACAUGGGCGGCGAUGGCAUCGAGUGACACCCCUUCAACUCCAUCUGUUCCCGGUAAUGGGACCACAACCAGCCCUGCCACCAACACGACAGUCCCGGUGACAGUCUUGAACACGACCUACGACUACAUCAUCGCCGGAGCUGGGGCUGCCGGUAUCAUCGUUGCGCAGAAAAUCGCCGAAAAGGGCCACUCCGUUCUCCUUCUUGAGCGUGGGGCGGCUUCCUACCACUCGACUGGAGGUGAACUCACGAUGCCGUGGAACGACACUGUCAGCCCUUUCGACGUCCCCGGCGUGUCCUUCUACCUGAGCGAGAUUGAUGGCGGUGGCACCGCUGUCAACGGUCUAAACUGGGUGAGACCGGCCCAGAGGGACUUCGACGACAAGUGGCCCGCUGGUUGGCGAUGGGCUGACGUGAUGCGAGCCGCUGACCGCGUCUACGAGAGGAACCCGGGCACCAUACUCCCCUCUGCCGACGGAAAGUACUAUGACCAGGCUGCCUACGAUGUUCUAUCACAGCACUUUACUGCCAAUGGAUGGUCGUCCGACGAUGCUAUCCAGCACCCUGACAACAAGCACCUCAUGUUUGGCCACACGACAUACAAUAUAAGCAUGAAAACGAACACCCAGGAGUCGCGCGGGCUGGAAAACUUUAAGCUUCAACUGAACACCAAGGUCAUCCGCGCCGUGCGCAGCAACUCGACCAUCACCGGCGUCGAAGUUGAAUCCGACAAUGCCCGCCAAAUCAUCAACGUCAAUCCCGGUGGACGUGUCAUUCUCGCCUCUGGCUCCAUGUCCACGCCCCGUAUCCUGUUCAACUCGGGUAUAGGGCCGGCGUCCCAGAUCCAGACCGUGCAAUCCGGCAGUACCGCCGUCACGCUGCCAGCACAGUCGGCCUGGAUCGAUCUGCCUGUGGGCAAGCGCCUCAUGGACCACCCCAUCUGGUGGACGAAGUGGAAGGUGAACGGGGGAAUGGCGAACAUGACAUCGCUGUCCUCGGAGAACCUCGUGGGCUCAUCGCCGCAGAUGACCGAGCUGUUCGCCAAGGGCAUGGGCCCGCUCGUGCAGAGCGACCAGCGCCUCGACUUCUCCACCGACGUCACCAACAAGGACGGCAGCGUGCGCUACAUCCAGGGCACCUGCCUCUCGCAGACUAACGGCACCGUCAGCAUCAUAGUGUACCUGACGCACGGCCUGACGUCGACGGGGGAGCUCGGGAUCACGGCCAACGGCGCCACGGAGUUCGUGACCAAGCCGUGGAUGAACACCGACGGGGACGUCGAGGCCGUCGAGGGGUUCAUGGAUACGCUGCUCGCCUAUAGCCGCAAGCCGGGCGGUAUUCUGACCUAUGACGGAGCCUCCAACACGACAGGCAAGGAGAUGCUCGCGGACUUGCAGAUGACCUCCAGCAACCACUACCUCGGCACCACGCGCAUGGGAACCGACGACGGGCGGGACGGCGGAGACGCUGUUGUCGAUCUGGACACCAAGGUCUACGGAACCGACAACCUCUUCGUCGUCGACGGGUCCAUUCACACCGACGUGCCGACCGGCAAUACGAAGGCCAUGAUCUACGUCGUGGCCGAGAAGGCGGCCGAGAAGAUCAUGGCGCUUGGCAACAGCAGCGUUUCGAAGCGCAGGGCCAUAAUCCCCAAGCGCCGCAGCUCUGAGUCUGCGAGCCUCUUGCAGUUGCGGAGUCUGCGCUCGGUUCCUGGUAACCUGCCGAUUCGGCCCAUGUUGGACCAUGGCAGGAUCGUGGCUGCUAGCAAUUGA